CAACAACAAUUCACGACUACAGCCUUGUUCGCCAGUCGCCUUUCAAACACCCGGAAUUGUUAAGUUCAGACUCUUCUUCAUCAUUUCAUCGCCAUUGUGCCAAGUGCAAAGACGAAGCAAGUAUGAUUUUGGAGGAGCAGAGAUUUCUCCACGAGGAUCUCGAGAGGCUCGAGCAGGGCAUCAGUGAUCGAGUUGCAGAGGAACCAAGACAUAUCAGAGAAAGACUGAAUAGAGACCAUCAAAUCGCUGGAUUCCUCGACCGUAUCCAGGACCAGUCAAAACGAUUACUCGAGAUCUAUAAAGAUGCAGACGGCGCGCGAUUGAAGGAGAUUCAAGCGAUAUCGACUGGCGAACCAUUGGAAGAGUUCUACAAGCAGUUGGUCGGCAUCAAACAGUUCCACUCGAGAUACCCAAAUGAACCCGUAGAAAACCUCGAGAGAGCAUACAAGAAGAAGACGCUCGGGGAAGGAGAAACGCCUGUUUACGAAAUUGAUAAUCUAUUCACAGGCGAGGAAGCCUUUGGCAGAUUCCUGGACCUUACAACCAUUCAUGAGCUCUACCUCAAUCUUCCCAGCAUCAAGCGACUCACUUAUCUACAAUACCUCGAUGCCUUCGACAUCUUCACUCCACCGCAAUGCUCUGUCAAGAGACCAGACAAGAUGACGGACCAGUACUUCACUUACGUGGGCCAACUAGCAAACUACCUCGAGAGUUUCAUGCGACGUACGAGGCCCCUCGAAGAUCUAGAAACAUUAUUCACGAGCUUUGACGAGGAUUUUGAGAAAGCGUGGAAUGACAACGAUAUUCCUGCCUGGAAGCUAGAGACCACUGCUUCAUCUAAUGGUGCUAGUGGUGAUGGUAUCUGGUGCGCCGAUUGUGAAAAAGAAUUCAAAAAUGAUAACGUUUACAAAGCGCAUUUGACCGGCAAGAAGCACAUUCGAGCAGCCGAGGCAAGAGCAGCAAGACAGGCUGAGGGUGGAGAGGAUACAAAUGCUGCUCAUCGUGGGUCGAGUACGCUACGAUUGAAGGAACGAGCUAUUGCCGAACGAGAAUACCGAGUCAAGCGUCUGGCUGCCGCUAUGUCACAAGAAAGGAGCGAUACCAAGGUGAACAUCGAGCGAAAGCAAGGCAUGACGGAGCGCGAACGCCAAAUGGAACUGGAUGCCCUAUUUGCCGAAUCAUCGUCCGCUCCUCAACAGCGUGGUGAUUCUGACAGCGAAUCCGACGAGGACGAGAAGAUCUACAACCCACUGAAACUUCCAUUAGCUUGGGAUGGGAAACCGAUUCCAUUCUGGCUUUACAAAUUGCAUGGACUAGGUGUGGAAUUCAAGUGCGAAAUUUGUGGUAAUUACGUCUAUAUGGGCCGAAGAGCUUUCGAUAAGCAUUUCAACGAGGCUCGUCACAUCCACGGUUUGAAGUGCCUUGGUAUCACAAACACGACACUAUUCCGGGAGAUUACAGAUAUUGCCGACGCUGUCAAGCUUUGGGAUAAGAUCCAAAGAGAUAAGACAAAGGCUAAGAAGGAUGACGGAAGCGUGGUGCAAAUGGAGGACGCGGAGGGCAACGUUAUGCCAGAGAAGGUUUACUAUGAUUUGCAAAAGCAAGGCUUGCUAUAGACGGCUUCGCAACGGGCCCACUGGAUGUACAAUGAUGUAUGUAUACCAUGAAAUCAUACACUGACAUCGUUGUGCGAAAAACUUUUUUGGUGGUUGCUAGGGUUGCCACUAACAAGCUGUCAUGAUCCCAUCCCCCUUUUGAAGUCUGGU